AGGGUCGUUAGCUGACGCUCUUUUAGAUUACAUGUGCUUUGUGCAACUUCUGCUUAUGAGAUAUCGUUUAUAAUAAAAAUAGGGGAAGGUAGGAAUAAGCCAAAUGAAGGGAAAGAUGCGCAUGCCAGGCAGAGGGCAAAAGUCAGCAGGGAAUAGGCCUGCAGAGCUAUAGGCGCGACAGCAGGAACGGUGGCCAGGAGUGGCCAAAGGAAUGAAAGCAGGCAGGGCUCCCUGCAGAGGGAGGAAUCUGGACUUCAUCCUGGGGGCAGUGGGGAACCACGGCUGUAUAUGGACUGAGGAGAGACAGAAUCACACCAUCUUCUGUGGCGACUCUGAAGAAGCCUUUGACCACACCUCAGAGGAUGUGCUUCAUGGUACCCAGCCAGAGACAGCUGCUGCUUUGAAACGUACACUAGAAUCCCUGAUGGACCGAGGAGCCAUCGUGAGGAACCUGGAAAGCCUUGGUGAGCGCGCACUUCCUUACCGGAUCUCCAGCCACGGCCAGCAGCACAGCAGAGGCGGGUAUUUUCUGGUGGAUUUUUAUGCCCCAACCAGUGCUGUGGACGGCAUAUUGGAUCACUUGACUCGAGACAUUGAUGUGGUGAGACCAAAUGUUGUGAAACACCCGCUGACCCAGGAAGUAAAAGAGUGCGGCGGCAUAGUCCCAGUCCCACUGGAGGAGAAACUGUAUUCAACAAAGAGGAGAAAGAAGUAAGAAGAUGUUCCAGAUCUCGGCCGCACACCUAAUCCCAAGUACUCUGCGGCUGCUGAUCGCUUGUUUUCUAGGAUGCUCUAGCCCAUGAUCCUUCUGCUGACUGAGACCUGCCCCGUCAUCUCUGAUGCCUACAGACCAAUCUCGGUUUUGUCAGCCCUCUGUGAUCGCCAGUGAGGGGUUCACCUUACCUCUGCAGCAUUGGGGAGAGCAAAUCGAUUGUCAUUCACACUUGGUUGUCUUGCAAAACUAUAUGGAAACCAGAGCGCAGAGUAAUAAAUGUGACUACCAAUCUGA